GAUGUAUCAGCAUGUUAGUGAAACAGGGAAUGGAGCGGAUGCUCAGCCAAAACAACCUGUAACGAGUACAAACGUCUCAACAGAGAAAUCGGAUUCGCAGACAGGUUUUACGUUUCAUUGCCAAAGUGACAGCAAUGCUUCUUUUCAUCAAACUCCACCACAAUCACCCUACUCUACAAAUCAUCAUACUCCUGUUGCAAUGCAAUCACCUGAAAUAAUUUUCUUGCCCAACGAUGAUACGCAGUCGUUUGAUCUUAGUCAUUUCUCCAAUACUGAUGAUUCCCAGCUACAAAUGCCUACAAAUAUGCUACCUCCACCAGUCCCUAUUAGUCAAUCGCCUCCACCACCUCCACGGAUAUAUAAACCUUGCGUAGUGUGUGGGGAUAAGAGUUCUGGAUAUCAUUAUGGCGUAUCAUCCUGUGAAGGUUGCAAGGGUUUCUUUCGAAGAUCCGUGCAGAAAAGCAUGCAGUAUACUUGUCAUAAAGAAGGAAAGUGUCAAGUUAAUAAAAUAACCAGGAAUCGAUGUCAGUAUUGUAGAUUUCAGAAAUGUUUCGACAAGGGAAUGUCAAAAGAAGCUGUGAGAAAUGAUAGAAAUAAAAAGAAAAAGCAGUCAAAACAAGAAGGAGCCAUUUCUCAGUCAGCGGAAGAUUUGAGUCCAGAGGAAGAGGAGAUAAUUAACAGGGUAGUACAAGCGUACGAGGAAACGAUUUUAAGCGAUGAUAUCGGCUCAUUUGAUGAAGAAGCGUUAGGAACCACAAAUGGAAAUGGUGCUCAUCGAGCGAAUGGUGAUAAACCAUCAAAGCUCAACGUCAAAGAUCAAGUGGAUGAAGCUUUGGAGAAUGGAACCUUAGUUUGGGGUGUUCUCAAAGAAUUAUCCACUCGGGGACUAGUUCAAAUCGUUGAAUUUGCAAAAAGAACGCCAUCUUUCAAUUCCAUUACAACAAGUGAUCAGAUUGUGCUUAUAAAAGCUGCCUUAUUGGAAAUUCUGAUUAUAAGACUCAUCAGCUCUUAUUCGGAUCUGGAUAAUGCACUCUCAUUUGAUGGUGGCGUGAUGUUGACAGAUAAACAAGCUGCUGCUUGUGCUUUCAGUCACGUAGCUCAAAAUAUUUUCCGUCUCGCCAAACAAUUUAGCAAUUAUGAUAUGGAUUCAACUGAGUAUGCUCUCAUCUCUGCGUUAUGUUUGUACAGUUCAGAUCAUUAUACAUUAGAACAAUCGGAUCAGAUAGAUAAGAUUCAGGGACCUAUUCUGGCUGCAUUUAAGCAUUAUUCAAGGAGAAAGAGAAGGAAUAAACCUCAUAUAUUUACGGAGAUGCUUUUAAAAUUAGCCGAUUUAAGAGAUAUCAGUAUAACUGGUGCAGAAUGCAUUUUAGAUUUAGCUCGUGAAAGAAAAUUUGAAUUACCUGCUUUAGUUAAAGAGAUGUUUACUAGAAAUGAAAAUGUCUCACUACCUCCACACGUUAUUAACAAAGGUCUUUUAUUCAAACCGUCAGUAUAA